AGGAGGGGGAUCCUUGACGCAUGCGUACAACGCGUUCAGGCGCAGGAUUGGAAGCUGUCUACGCAUGCGCAGUGGGCUCCGUUUUAGUCUCGCUUCCUCCAGGAGCAGCAGCAGCAGCGGAGGAGGAGAUGCUCGGCGCAUGCGCCCAGGGCGGGAGUCCGUCGGCGCCGGCGCGUGCGCAGUGGGCGCGGCUAUUGUCUUGUUUCCUUCCCUCCUCCUCAGGAGGAGGAGGCGGCGGCGAGGCGGCGGCUGAGGCAGCGGCGCCGGCGUCGGAGGCUGAGGCUGGGCAGAACCUGGAUGAGCCCCGCCGGAGGCCCGUGCCGCCCGCUGGGGCGCGGCGGAGAGGCGGAGGAGGGGGAGGAGGAUGCAGUAGCGGAGGCCUGGCCGCGGCCAUGGGGGGCAAGCAGAGCUCCACGGCGGCGGCGGCGGCCACGGGAGGCCCCGGCGGACCAGGCCGCGCCAUGGGCCUCCGCAGCCGCUCCGUCAGCUCCGUGAGCGCCGCGGGGGAGGCCUCGUCCGCGUCCUCCUCCUCCGCGCCCGCCGCCACGGGCCCGCACCCGCCGCCGCCGCCGCCGCCCUCCGCGCUAGGCCUCGCCGCCUCCUCGGGCCCGGGCCCCGGCCCCGCCCCUUUCUCCCAUGGCAACGGUUUCCAGGAGACGGGGGGAGGAGGAGGGGGCCCUCCCCCCCGCGACGGGGUGCUCUACCUGGGCGCGCGCGCCUCCUCCGCCCUCGCCGACGCCCUCCCCAUCCACCUCGGGCCGCGGUGGUUCGGCGCCUCGCACGGCGGUUUCAAGUGCCCCAUUUGCUCCAAAUCCGUGGCUUCCGAUGAAAUGGAAAUGCACUUUAUCAUGUGUCUGAGCAAGCCCCGACUCUCCUACAAUGAUGACGUGCUGACAAAGGACGCGGGCGAGUGUGUCAUUUGCCUGGAGGAACUCUUGCAGGGGGACACAAUAGCCCGGCUUCCCUGCCUGUGCAUUUACCACAAAAGUUGUAUAGAUUCUUGGUUUGAAGUGAACAGAUCCUGUCCAGAGCACCCUUCAGAUUGACCCUGGCGAUGCUUGCUGACCUCGCGGAAGGUUGCCCCGUUGGCCGCCCUUCCCGUAUGGAACCCCUUCCGAAAAGAGCUCUGGGAUGACGGAGGACAAAAGGGACGGGGACACGGUGUGGACUUCUCUACUUUGAAAAAGGGCAGAUGAGGCGCUGCUGCUCCCCAAAAAAGGAAAGAAGCCGCGGGGGGUUUUGGGAGAGAAAAGGGGGGCCAGAGCCCGGCCGCCGGUUCCCACGCGGUGCCAUGAUGUUUGUUGGGCCCUUUCCGCCCUCGAGCCAAACGGAGGAGUCCGGGAGCCGCCACCGGUCAGCAAAGACUCACACCUUCCCUGUCCAUUUUUGCACUGACCAGGUGAGACCUUCUCCGCCCUUCUCUCCAUCCACAUCGGAGAUGGAAGAGGAGGGUUUUUCUUCUUUGUUUGCAUCCCUCUCCCCAGCGUCUCCCGAGGAGGAAAAGGGCCUUUUCCGUCACGUUUUUUGGAUGAAGGCGUUGUAGGUUUGUCUUUUCAAGUGUUUACAAAAACAAACAAAACAAAAAAACAGCCAUUUUUUUCCGUGUCAAAACAAGAUGUGUGUUCCCUUCCCGGUGAAGUUUACAAAGACUGCGUUGCUCUUGGCCUCCCGGGCGAGGACGGGAGAAGCAGGAUUUCCCACGAUGAUUUCCCUUCGCUCACUCGCUCUUCAUUUCGGAUCCCGUUGCCCAAAACCUCCCCUUCCCGUCCUCCCUCCCCCCCUCCCUCCCCGCCUGGGCUCAGAUGGACGGCAAUUCGGAAGGGCUGUCGCCAUUCACAAGUGUCCUGCUCAGACGCCCGGAAGUGGGAAAGGGUGGUUUCUUUUCUUUCUUUUUCUUAAAAGCAACACACACACACACUCUCUCUCACCCACACACACACACACACACUCACACCGGCCCACGUUUGAGCACGAAGCAGAGACUGCGCCAGCCGUGGGACAAACGCCCUGCAGAUCGCUUCCAUCCAUCCGGCAGGAAAGGUGUCUGUAUUUAUAUAGCAAAACAAAGAACUUUGAAAACCACACAAAAAACAAAAACGUUCAAAGCUUGGGAAGGGAAACUUUCCCCUAUUAGUCAAGGUGUUUUGAUAUGGUAUUAAAUAAUGUUCAAUAAAAUAGUCACUGUUAUUUUA